GUCCCACAUCUCACGUGUAAUAAUACAAGAGUAGGCGAGUGAGAGCCUUUCGCUUCAACCGACCACAGACUCCGCACCCUCUUCCAUUUCUCCCCUUCCUCAUCUCUCGAAUCGGUCGGAAGAGGCAAUCCGAUCUCGAGAGCAACCUUCUUCCUUCGCCUUCUCUUCCUUCUCCUUCGCAUCUUUCUUUCAUCACACACACCCUUUCCCAAGCCCCAGAAAGAAACAAGGGUGAGAUAUCGAUCGCGACAUGGAGAAGAUCUUGCAUGUCUUCUGCAUUGGGACUGCCGAUACCAAACUGGAGGAGCUCCGUUUCCUCGCGGACGUUCUGCGAUCCCGUCUCGCCACCUUCUCCAACGAUUCACCGACUUUCAAGUGGCAGAUACAGGCUAGUCUGGUCGAUGUUUCCACCAGUAAUAAGAAAAUAGAAUGCUUGGAAGACAUUCCUUUUAUCUCUAGAGAUGCUAUCCUUUCUUGCUACAUGGGUGUUGAAGAGCACCCAUCCUAUAAACUCCCUGAUGACAGGGGUAAAGCAAUUGCGGUUAUGGGUAAUGCUCUAGGAUGUUUUCUUCAAAAAGCUUAUGAAGAUGGCAACCUUGUUGGAGCUAUAGGCCUUGGAGGCAGUGGCGGAACUUCAUUAAUUGCUCCUGCAUUGAGAUCUCUCCCUCUAGGAGUGCCUAAGAUCAUAGUAUCAACUGUGGCUAGUGGUCAAACAGAUCCUUACAUUGGAACAUCCGAUUUGAUUUUAUUUCCGUCUGUUGUUGACAUAUGUGGUAUCAACAGUGUUAGCAGGCUUGUGUUAUCUAAUGCUGGGGCAGCUGCUGCUGGGAUGAUCAUUGGAAAAUUUUUGAUCUCUGACAUGUCCGGUCAAAUGGCUAAGAAACCAACUAUUGGCAUGACUAUGUUUGGAGUUACAACUCCAUGUGUAAAUUAUGCGAAAGAAAGACUGGAGAAGGAAGGCUUUGAGACACUUGUAUUUCAUGCAACAGGCAUUGGGGGCAAAGCUAUGGAGGAACUUGUAAGAGCAGGUUUAAUACAGGGUGUCUUGGACAUCACAACAACAGAAGUUGCUGAUUAUAUAGUUGGGGGAGUUAUGGCCUGUGAUAACACAAGAUUUGAUGCCAUUAUGGAGAAAAAUGUUCCUUCAGUUCUCAGUGUGGGGGCCUUGGAUAUGGUUAACUUUGGAGCUAAACAUACAGUACCUUCUUUAUUUCAGCACAGAAAUAUUUAUGUACAUAACGACCAGGUUUCAGUAAUGCGAACAAAUAUGGAUGAGAACAAGAAAUUUGCUAAGUUUAUAGCUGAGAAAAUGAACAAGUCAUCAUCAAGCAUCCGUAUUUGCUUGCCACAGAAGGGAGUGUCUGCUCUAGAUGCACUUGGGAAGCCAUUUUAUGAUCCAGAGGCCACAUCUGUUCUGAUAAAUGAAUUAGAUAAACUUAUUGAGAAAAAUGAAGAUCGACAGGUGAUGAUAUUCCCAAACCAUAUUAAUGAUCCUGAAUUCGCAGAAGCAUUGGUUGACUCAUUUCUUGAGAUAUUUAAAUUCUCUAGAAGUGGAACUCCUCAACAAACUGUUAGGACACCAGAAAGCCAAAGUUUGGUAAAUGAUAUAUUAAAAGGGAAUUAUUCAGAUGGCACAGCCAUUUGGCGGGCUCCAAUUGAUUUUCCUGAUGCAAAACCAGAAACGUUGCAAAGAACACGUAAAAUACUGGACCAUUUGAGGCAGCAGAUAAAUAAGGGUGUACCCAUUAUAGGGGCGGGUGCAGGGACAGGUAUAUCUGCAAAAUUUGAAGAAGCUGGUGGCGUUGAUUUAAUAAUCGUGUACAACUCGGGUCGAUUUCGGAUGGCGGGAAGGGGGUCAUUGGCUGGAUUGCUGCCAUUUGCAGAUGCAAAUGCAGUUGUUCUUGACAUGGCCAAUGAAGUACUUCCAGUGGUGAAAAGAGUACCAGUUCUUGCUGGAGUGUGUGCUACUGAUCCAUUUCGCAGAAUGGAUUAUUUCAUAAAGCAGGUGGAAGCAACUGGAUUUUGUGGGGUUCAGAAUUUUCCAACAGUUGGACUCUUUGAUGGUAACUUCCGCCAAAACUUGGAAGAGACAGGAAUGGGCUAUGGGUUGGAGGUUGAGAUGAUUCAUAAAGCUCAUGAACUAGGAUUAUUAACGACUCCAUAUGCGUUCAAUGAAGAUGAAGCCAUUGCUAUGACUAAAGCUGGUGCCAGUAUCAUAGUGGCACAUAUGGGUCUAACAACAUCAGGAUCUAUUGGUGCAAAGACAGCAGUAACUCUGGAUGACAGUGUUGGCCGUGUUCAAGCGAUUGCAGAUGCAGCAGUUGGAAUUAAUCCUGAAGUUAUCGUUCUCUGCCAUGGAGGUCCUAUUUCAGGUCCUCGAGAAACUGAGUACAUUCUUAAGAGUACCAAGGGAGUUCAUGGGUUUUAUGGUGCAUCGAGCUUGGAAAGGCUUCCAGUUGAACUGGCAAUUACAAACACUGUAAAGGAAUACAAAAGCAUUUCCAUAAAGAGAGAUUAAAAAUCCAUCCAAAGCUUUCUUGAACGUGAAUGUUGUAAAUAUCAGCUGAAAAACUUGCAAGAAACAUCCUAUAACUAUUUUUGUAUUCGAGCAGCACAUUUGGAAGUAGUUUUUUUGUGUUUGAAAAUAGUUUAA